AUGGCUGACUUGCAGGACGAGCCGCUGUUAAAUAACGGCGACGCCCCGUCACAACGGCGCACAUCGCCAAGCUGGCUCAAGAGAAGAUUCCCUAUCAUCAUGUUGUCCGUCACCACUGCUACGCUUUUAUUCUGGGUCUUUGGCUCCACCGCUCUGGGAAGGCCGCUCAAGGACGCGCCUACCAAUGGCUCGGACGGAGAGCUGCUUGUCACGCUGCCCGGAUACGGCUCUUUCCAAGGUACGCAUGUCGUCGCCAACCUGCUCAAGACGACGACGUUCAGUACGCCCGUCGAUGCCUGGCUUGGUGUCGACUACUCGACGCAGCCCGUGGGCGAGGGCCGCUUCAAGCCCGUCACGUGGCCUGCCGCAUUCGAGGGUGUUAAAAACGCCACUACAUACGGCCCUGCGUGCUGGCAGAAUGUCUACGGAUCGAUGCUGCAGUCUGAGGCCUGCCUUAACAUCAACGUAUACCGCCCGUCAGGCGUACCCAUGGACCAGAAGCUGCCCGUCUUUGUCUUCCUCCACGGCGGGUCCUUUGUCAGUGGAACAGGAAAGAGCCUCGAUGGUGCGGCAUUCGUGGCGAAGAGCGCGCAGCCUCUGAUGGUAGUCACGGCGCAAUAUCGACUUGGUGCGCUCGGCAACAUCCCAAGCAAACUCAUGCAAGAGGAGGAUGGACUGAAUCUCGGAGUACGGGAUCAGCGCCAGAUGCUGGAAUUCGUGCAGAAGUACGUCGAGUACUUUGGCGGCGACAAAGAUCAGGUCACGCUUGGGGGCCUGAGCGCAGGUGGACACUCCGUAGGCAUCCACCUCUUCCACAACUACGGCGAAGACACAGGCAAGCCGUUGUUCAGCAAGGCCAUCAUGGCUUCUGGCUCACCAACGGCCCGCACUUUCCCCGACGUCGACUACCCCCUGUAUCAGCAACAGUUUGCAGACUUCAUGGACUACGUCAACUGCCCCACGACACCUAACGAUGCCGCUCUUGCGUGCCUGCGCAAUGCCAAGGUCGACGACAUCCAGUUUGUCUCGUCUGCCAUAUACUCCAACUCCGAGUACAACCUCACAUGGCCCUGGCAACCCGUCUCGCCCGGUCCACUCCUCGAGAAGCGCGGAUCAACUUCCGGCGAGGACGGCACCUUUUUCAAGAUCCCACUUCUCAUCUCCUCCGCAACAGACGACGGCUCCGCCUUCGCGCCGCAAGACCUGCAGACCAACGCCCAAUUCGUUGCGUACUGGCAAAACUUGGUUCCUGGGCUGACGGCAGACGACAUCUCGGACCUGCAGCGCCUCUACCCGGACCCCGCCAUCUACAAUACGUCGAACCCCAUCACCUACAACAUGCAAAACCCCUUCACCCCAGUGCUUUCCAAUUUCGUCUCCCCACAGUUCCAGCGCAUCAGCGCCGCCUACGGCGACUACGGGUACAUCUGCCCCGUGCAAGAUACGGCCUCGCGCCUCGCGUCUGCGGACGCACCCGUCUACAAAGCGCGCUUCAACACACCUAACUACUCAGCCACCUACCUCGGCGUCCCACACGCCAGCGAUGCGAGCUACUUUAACGGCCAGGCGGGGACACAGCACCCCGAGAUCGCCGAUAUGUACAGCAGCUACUUCGCCAGUUUUGUUGUCAGUGGCGACCCAAACACGCAUGCCAUCGCUGGUGCGCCGGCCUGGGAGUUGUACAAUGGCACUGCAGGUAGCCACCUAGUGGUCAGCCCGCUGGAGCAGGGUGGGCCGAGAAUGGAGGCAGAGAGCGAGGGGAUCAGGAUGGAGCAGUGUGCAUGGUGGCGGGAUGAGGAGCGAGCGAAGAGGUUGAAUAAGUGA